AGGGGACAAGCGCCGGAACACCGACACAUCGCGAGUACAGCUCCAAGAGCAGGACUGCCUGAACAAAAACCGUGCACUUGGCAAGUAUCCAACACCCUCCACAAAGAUUCUUACUUUGUAAAGAAGGUGAAGGGUGGUUUUACAUGAUUCUAAAUGGAAUGCGAGGAAGAAUAAGCUAGUUUUAAUGUCUCUAUACGUUGUACCUUCUAUGCCCAGGCUGAGCUACUUAUGAUGUAUACGUUUCUAUACAUGUACAGUAUAUGUUUGCGGAUUUUAAAUUUUUUUUUUUGCAUGUAUGUGGCUUGUUUUCAUGCUGGGAUAAUGGGUUCUUUUUCUAGGUCUGGACACUUCAUAGAGCAAGUAUGCUGCCCCCCUUCUAGGAAGGGGAGGAGAGCCUGGUUCAAAUUAAUCUAUAGGAAUGUGGAGUAACGUAGGAUCUUUUAAGGUCUCCAGAACUUUUUUUUUUGUGUGCUUUAUAUGCAUAGCUGAGGGUUUAUUCACUGAAUUGCAGGUUGUUUUUUAAAUGCUGAUUUGGAAAGCACCACAGGGGAUAUUCACUAAAGUGUGAAUUGUCUUGAAUUCAACUUUUAGACCAAAACAGCUACACUGGAAAAUAGUUCUUAACUAUAUUUCAGUUUAGUUAUUUCGGCCUAAAAUUUUGAAUAACGAAUUUGAUUGUAGGCAGUUGGCAUGUCAGAGGUUUAUGUGGUAAACCUCUUAGUGUAGAGAACUGGAAUGAAAAUGGCAAUAUUUACUUAAAAUAGCUAAGCAGUGACUAUUCCAGACCAGUCUUUUUUUUUUUUUUUUCUUCCAAAAGAGCUGUUGUUGUCUAAAAGUUAGUAAUUGUAAUUUUCAUUUGCUAGAAUAUAGAGUUUAGUGAAUAAUCCCACAGCUCAGGUUUUAUUUAUUUUAACUAAAUUUCCCAGUGUUUAGUGAAUAAACUACUCAUGAAACUUGUUCCAUACUUAUUGGUACACAUUCAACUUACAUAUUUGUGUAUGCGUACAGUACUCAUCUAACAUGGACAAACCAUACACAGGGUAGGCCAAAAUUCAGAGUUUGAGGAGUCAAUAACUUUUUUAUUAACAAACCAAUUUCAAUGAUAUUACAUACAACGAAUACUUAAUGUAUGGAGAUUUGUUUGACGAGGUGACAUCUUGUAAAUGAGUUCCAUAUGCCGCCUUACAAAGUCGGUCUCUUUCAAUUGCAUUUUUCGUAACAAUAGUAAAUGUUUGAGGUUCUAGCACUCGAAUUUGUACAUGGAUAUUCUCCUGGAGCUUCUCAAGUGUACGCGGUUUGUUUACAUAUACCCGCUCCUUCAGAUAUCCCCACAGGAUGUAAUUGGGAGCUGAAAGGUCAGGCAAAUCUGUGAAUUUCCUUGAAAAUAUCUGCUCACUGAACAGUUGUCAUUUUAAAAAUAAAAUUCCACUAUUUUUACUCGUUGUUCCAUUGUGAAAUUACCCAUGAUGAAUCUCUCAAGGCUUACUUAUAAUAUGUACCUGCAACAAAAAAAUUUAAAUAUUGACAAAUAAGUUAUUUACCUGUCUAAUCCAACUCAGAAUUUUGGCCCACCCUGUAUAUUAUACCAGUUAUGACCAUGUAAUAUGUUCAUAUUUGAUGGUUGGUUUCUUCACUGAAUGUUUUUUAUUUUCUUUAGUUUUAAUUUGGUGUGCAUUGUAAUACAAAUUUAAAGUGGUAUAUACUAUCCAGCUAUAUGUAUUAGAUUUCGCUGUAGAUAUUAGGCCCACUCUAGCAUAAACAUUUAAACUAUAUUCAUUUAUGAUUUGUGAGCUUUGGUUUUUUUUUUGCUUGUGUGGUGAUGGUUUAGAUACAGUAUAUGAUCAUACAUUGCAUAAGCCUGCCACAAUGUUUAGCUGGUCCUAUCAUAACAACCUAAUGCCUGUUCAUAUGAGAUUAACCCACUUACCGGUACUUGGGAAAUCCUUCCUCCUGUGGCUCUCUGCUGUGCAAGGUUAAAUAGGGCUGUUUAGUUGAAUUCCUUGGUUCCACCAUGCAUGCAGAUAUCUGUGUCUCUAAAUCCACAACACUGCAAUGCUUGACUUCAUCUCCUGGCAGAUGAAGUUCAAGGGAGCCAUGUCACUAAUAUAUUGAACAGGUAUUAAAGGAAGGUUCUUGGGAUCCUAUAUACACUGUAUCGCCAGAAGUAUGUGGACAUCCUUACUAAUUAUUAAUAUCUCUCUAAUGUCCCUCUCCUAGGAGCACCAUAUUUUUGGUUUGUGAGAGUAUAUAAAAGAGGUCCACAGUAAUAUGUCUGUAAAGGGAUACUAUAGGCACCAAAACAACUUUAGCUUAAUGAAGCGGUUUCGGUGUAUUUAUCAUGCCUAUGUAUUCUUACAGCUCUCUGAAAAUGCAGUAUUUACAUUGAAAAACGGGCGUGAAUAAGCAAUAAGCUGUAGUGGUUCUGGUGACUAUAGUGUCCUUUUAAAAGGCCACUUUUUGCACCAUAACUAAUAUAGCCAUUUGAUGGUUAUUGUUAGGACAGUACAGUGGCCCAAUACGCAGAAUUAAGUAAAACACAGUAAAAUAAUAAACUAAGGAAAAAUGUAUUUCCGGGCUAUGAAUAGCCGGAAUUAAUGUAAAAAGAAUAACCAGAGACUAGCUGAGGUCAGGGGUACAGACAGGAGCAAAGAGCAAAACGGAAAGUCAAAAGCCAAAGGGUCAGGAAGCCAGAAGUAAGAAUAGUCAGGACAAGCCAAUAUCAAAAACCAGAAUACCAAAUACAGGAACGUGUUAUCGGAUAACCACGACGUGGCUGCACAUGCACGUCCGCGUGACCCCGGGGCCACAUAUUAUAUGCCUAUUAUCGCAGCGGCCAGCGUACAUAGAACGCUGCACGCGCUGGGGAAGGACUCAACGACGGAUCUGGCGGUGAUCCUCCAAGACUUAGGUAAUUGCCUAUCAGCUCCUGUGUGACCACACCAAUCGGGUGCGGCUGCGACCUGUUACAGUUAUGGUACUAUCCCCUGUUUCUGUAUCAAACUAUUUUUAAGUGGUUUGUCACAAACUGACGUUUCCUGAGGCACCUGUGAUAUUAGUCUUUUGUAUCCCUUAAAAUAUAAAAUUGUACAUUUACCUGUAAUCUAGUGCCCUGAUAAGCUCUUCACUGCAUUCUGCUCCACCUACCAUGACCUUUUAUAGAGAAGCAUUGUGGCGAUUUUGUCAGAUUUUUAUCAGUCACUCAAGCAUUGUAUGUACCCAGUUUCUUGUGUCCUCAUAGUUUGCAUGCUGAUGUUGGAUGACAAUUGCUUCAAUAAUCUAAAGCAUCUUGUGUCUGGCAGUCACUAGUAUGUGCGGACAUUGCUAAAUGUAAACAGUGCCAUUUCCCAGAAACAGCAAAAUAAGAGAACGCAGUCAUCAAACCAAUAAUAGAAUGCAGGUGCCGUAUGGCUCAGAGUUGGCACACUUCCAGCAGCACUUGUACUGCUGAAGGGACUGAGCACACACAGUAAAAUAAACUGGGUAUUUUUUGAAUGCACAGGGUAAUUCACAAAAUGAAUUUCAAAUUCAAGGUAAAAUUAUCUGAACUGGAAACAUUCUCCAAGUCACCUAUGCUUCCUACUUUGGCCUUAACAGUUAAAUUCCCCUUCAAUUCUUCCUUUAUUGAAUAGCCCCGACAGUGUUUUGACUCUCUCUUUUUUUAAGGCUUGACAAAGUCUUGUGAGAGCUAAAACAUUAUGUUUGCAUUGCCAUCUACUGUACAAGAAUUUCUCAAAAAUGAUACUGUUUUCACUUGCAAGGCUACAUGAGCAACAUUUACGUCUCAAAAUUACUUCAUUAAGACUCUCCCUAGAAGGAUAAGCCUAUAUGGUAUUUUGCCAUAUUUAGGUCCCUCAAAUGGCGUUUGCUAAUUUUUCAGAGUGUACAGUGAGCCAGUUGAGAAGUUAUUUUAUUAAAGCGAACACUAAAGUGUUAGGAAUACAUGUUUUUAUUGUCCCUCUCCCAAGUUAUAGAAGUUCCCACCCCCUGUGUUUGCAAUAAAACUAAUAAAAAAUAAAAAAAACCCAGUUUUUUUACUCACCUUUUUCCAGUGGCAAGAGUGCUGCAUGAAAAUUUCACUAUAUGAAAGAAUUGAAUUAAUGCUUUCCUAUGGGGCUGCAAUGUCACGUGACUGCGUUUUCAUUGUCCAAGAAGCGCGUCCAUUGGCUCUGGAGGUGUGUUUAUACCCUUCAAAAUAAAUAUUUCUGUUUCUGCAAAGUGGCAAUGUUUACCUUGAAAGGUUAAAAUGACAGGACCACAACACCCAGGCCCCUUCAUUGAGGUGAAGUGGCUUUUGUGACUUUAGUGGUGCUUUAACUUCUUACCUAACCAUUUCUUGCCGUCUACUGUAGAGAAAGGCUUGCUUCAUUUUCAACAGAAAACUAAAUUAAAGGAAAAAAGUACAAGACAUUCACUUACUUUUAUUAUUGCCCCUGUACACCUUUUGCCACUCACUGUCCAAUAUUCUUUUGACAAUCUUUAUUGAAAUUGUUUAUUUACAGUUUCAUGAGCAGAAAGAUAGAUACAUAGCAUAAAAAUAUAGAAGUACUUCAUCACAAUGUCAGAAUGAUUUUAAACUUAGUUGCAGAUCACACAAUAACAAUAUAAUAUUUACUAUUUAAUGUGAGGAAUAAGGAAAAAGAAAAGAGUUGGCAAAACUUGCCGGCGCCUCCGCUCACACACACUUUCCUACAAGUGCCCCCACACAAUGAGACCAGCAUGUCCCUGAUAAGCAGUUUCCACUUGGUGGGGUAUAAAUUGAGAGUGAGAAAGCUAAUAUUUUGCUGGCCCAGCAGGAGUGACCCUGGUUGGUAGGGCCAUCAGUAGACAGCAUCAGGCCUAGUCCCCCCCCGGAUACUAAAUUGCCCAUCCCACCCAAAUAAGAUACGGAAUAAAGUGAUGUUUACAGGGCCAAAUGGCUAAGCAUCACUCCUGGACAUAAAUGUAUUCCGAGGGGUGUCACUGUUCGGAAAAUACUGUUUGUAAAAUACCACUAUUUAAUAGGGAUGCUAUCCAAAAACUUUUAAGGCUUAUUUUUUCCACCCUUAAAGCGGCACUAUCACCCCGAACUUAUCUUUUCCUAAUCGCUUCCUCUUCUCUACCUCUCUCAGAAUCUGUUCUUCUUUUCUGUAUUUCUAUCUAGCUCUCUUUAAAACAUAAUAUAAAGUAGGGACUACUUUGUUUUGUGUAUUUUUCCUACGCCUGACAUUCUUUGACCCAAGGAGGACCUGGGGUCAAAGAAAGUCAAGCAUAGGAAAAAGUAGUCCCUACUUUGUCUUAUGUUUUAAAGAAAACUAGAUCAGAUAGGAAGAAAAUUACAUUCUGAUAGAGUAAGAAAAGAGUAAACAUUAGGAGAAAAGUUCAGUGUGACAGUGCCGUUUAACAUCCACAGCUGCUUAGUGGGAUCUUCAAGGCAUUUCCAGAGUGUAGGCACCAAUGACUUUGCUUUAAACAAUAGGAAGUGAACAGCGCAAAAACAAGGAACAUAUGAAUAUAUAUACACACUCCAGAAUGUGUCACACUGUGUAAUAUACACCACUUGUGUGUGUGCACCAAGUGAUAAGAGGUUUAAAAUAUGUUUAAAAGGAGCCACUGGAAAUGAAAAGGAUACAAACUCUCAUAGGGCAAACUAAUAGUAUAAAAUUAUGUGGAAAAUAGAAUAUAAAAUGAAUAGUUAGUAUCACACUCACAUUUCUUAGAGCCUGAUGACUUUGCUGCUUUAAAUAAAUGAUGCAAAACUGAUUUCUUGUGCUUGGGCAUGGAAGUAACAUUUAGCAGGACGUUUUCAAACGCACAUAGAGAUAGAGAUUCAAACAUUUCAGGGAUUGGAUCCCUGCUCAUCUGUUCGAAUGGUCUAAGGAGUGGGCAGUACCACCAGAUAUGACAUAGGGAUUAGCACCCCAACUGACUUAAAGUCAUUGUAGUUUAGAAUCUGUCGAACGGGGAUACAGUUGUCAGGUCCUACAAAGGCCAAACUUAUUGAUAAUAACCCCCUAGACAGAAGACUAAUGUUCAUCAAAGGCAACAAAAGGCCCAGAGAUGAAGUGUGUAGUUCUGCUAAGCUGCCACCACAUUUUUAGUGUUUGCUCCACUUGGAAAGUGUGAGGACUAUCCCUAGGGACAGCGGAGGAAACAUUCCAAAACAAGGAGGGGAGUGGAUUUCAAGAACAUGCUUGAUCUAAUUUAGGCUAAAGCUUUAUUAAGAUCAAAGCAUGCCAUUCCAAAAUCCUCUGCAGAAUAGCAACUUAAAAAUAUUUACAAAAAUCAAUCAUGCAGGGCUUAGUUGUCCUUAGCUUUUGGCAGACAAAGAAUGUCAUGCUUCAGGCAAGGUUCCUCUUCCCUCCAUAUGUAGGAAAUCACUGGGAUGUCAAAUAUUUAAAGAAGGUAAGUUAAUUGGGAUUGUCUGGAAUAGGUACAGAGCUCUAGGUAAAAUGUUCAUCUUAAGGACUGAGAUACUCCUGAGCCAGGGUAGUUCCAAUGUUUGAGGUCCAAUUCAAUGGAAUUAAGUAAAAUGUGAUUUCUUCAGCUUAAGAUUAUAGAGUUUGUAAUUUCCAUGGAAUUCAGACAAGAGAAGUGAAAUUUGCAGAAUGUCUUCCUCAUAUGCAGCUACUUUGUGUUCCAAAAUACCCUGUCUGAUCCAAGACACAUUCACGAUUGCUUUUAAAUAAGUCUCCAAAGUCAGAGCAAAUAGUAGGAGGGACAGCGGACAUCCCUGUCUAGUGCCAUUGCACAUUGCUAAUAAGUGCUACAUUUCUAAGCAAAAAUAUGCACAUGCUUUUCUUACCUUGUCCCCAUUAUUAUUUAUAUAGCGCCAGGAAAUUCCGUAGCGCUGUACAAUGGGUGGACUAACAGACACGUAAUUGUAACCAGACAAAUGGUGUAGGAGCGCAGCAUUAAUUUAUAGUGGAGGAAGUUAGGUGCAGAGUGAGACUUUCUCCAACAGCGUCCAUACACCUGUAACAUGGUCAUAUUGUUUCAUUUAUACACAUACAUUCAGUUAUACAUGACGAUAUCAUCAGUGAGAGUGAAAUUUUUUGCAUUUUUCACACACAAAUGGCACUUACACUGACGCUAUAAUUGUUGUGAUACGUUUUACUGUUUUGAAACACUAAUAUAUGUGUUCAGCGAAGUCUCCCGAGUAUAACAGUACCCCUCAUGUACAGGUUUUAUGGGGUUUUCAAAAGUUACAGAGUCAAAUAUAAGGCUUGCGUUUCAGUUUUUUCAAAUUAAUUCGCCAGGUUGGUUAUGUUGCCUUUGAGACUGUACGGUAGCCCAGGAAUGAAAAAUUACCCAGGGUAUUGCAAAUGGGGUAUGUUCAGUCUUUUUUAGUAGCCACUUAGUCACAAACACUGGCCAAAAUUGGCGUUCCAAUUUUUUUUUGCGUUUUUCCACACACAAACAAAUAUUAACAUUAACUUUGGCCAGUGUUUGUGACCAAGUGGCUACUAAAAAAAGACUGCACAUACCCCAUUUGCAAUACCUUGGGUUGUCUACUUUUGCAAAUGGUAUGCCAUUAUGGGGGUAAUUCUUAUUCCUGGGCUACCAUAUGGUCUCAAAGGCAACGUAACCAAUCUGGCGAAUUUCAAUGUGAAAAAACUGAAAAAUGUGACACCCUAUAUUUGACCCUGUAACUUCCCAAAACACCAUAAAAUCUGUACGUAGGGGAUAUGGUUUUACACGUGAGACAUCGCUGAAUACAAAUAUGUGUAUUUUAUUGCAGUAAAAGAAAACAGUAUUAUGACAUUCACAGUUAGAAUGUCACGUAGAACUAAGAAAAUUUAAAAACCAUCUUAUUUUCUCCCAUUUUUAAAAAUAUAUUUUAUUCAUAUUAAAUUAUGUUCCAUACCUAAAUAUUUGAUGUUAAAUGAAAGCCCCGUUUCCCCUGAAUAAAAUGAUAUAUAAUAAGUGUGGGUGCAUUUAAUAUGAAAGAGGUGAAUUACGGUUGGACAGACAUAUAGCACAAAUGCCAGGUUUUGAUUACGUUUUAUUUUGAUCACAACUUGUACAUUUGGCUGCGGUCUUAAGGUUAACACUGCACACACCAAAUAUGCAUGGUGUUCUAUGCUGCACUACAGGUAUUAUAGCCCACUUUAUGUAGGAUGGCAUAGAACGCCCUAAAAUUGUUAAAGAGUUAUCUGUCAAGUAACUUUAUUUUGUGUGUCAUACUGCUUGAAAAUGUCGUGACGCUGGCCAAGUGGAUGGUGGCCAAAGGCCCUUUUAAUUAAUACCACAAUGUAGUAAUGUUAUGUGCACUGUGCUGGUUAUGGUGCCUAGUCACUUUAAAUUAUAGUAAAUGUGUUUAGAAAGUUUGUAAAUAAAAUAAAUUGAUCUUUCUUUUAAUUGGACACUUACUGUUUUUUGGUACCAGAAGUACUAGAGCUCAUUUUAGUGGUUAUGUGGUAAAGAAUCUUUGGGUACAUUCCCCCUAUAUUUUGUAAAGCCUUUUGAAUGUGUUUUUUUUUUAUUUAUUUUUUUUUUACUAAAGCUGGGUCCCUCUUACGCCACAUACGUAAUGCAGAAGUUUCAAUUUGGAUUAUCCGUCCUAUUUGUAUGGCAAUACAUAGCUAAUGAGUGCCGAGCAAGCUCCCACAGGAUUAAUUGCCAAGAUAAACUGAGAAACUGACAUUUAGUAUAUAUCCAACAUUUUGAAGUAGAAUGUAAAGAUAGAUUUUCUCCACUGCGCAAUUUAUUAAAGUACCUGCAAAUUUUUAACCCAUUUGAAUCAGUCCAGUUUGUCCUAAAUGUGUCUGAAAUUAAUUCCUGUACAUUUCUUGAGCUAUUUCCAUGUAUUUAUUAGUACUUGCUGGAAGAAGCCUGUGGGCAAAUAGUCAUUUUUUUAAUUAUUUUUUUUUUUUAAAUUAAAAUAAACAAGGGCUAGUGGACCUCUUAACCACCAAGAAAGAGUGUGUAAUUCGGGUCUAUCCUAUUCCCUCACAUCAGAGAUGAAGGUGUGAGGGUAAAUAACAGUCACAUUAUUGGUGCUGUGAGACUGUUCCUGAACUCAGCCGUUAGGUGUAAGGUUGUUUUGUCAUAUUACCACAGGAUGUCAGCUUUCUCUUAACUUUCUCGAAACUUAAAAGCUCUUUCAUAAUAUUGGCCUUUAUUAUCGCCACAAGUGCGUAGGAUGAAAAGGAAGGGGAAAAACCAAAUGAAUAAUAGUAAAGCAUCAUUCCAGUUAACAUGUUGAAUUUGGCAGUGCAGAAAACGACCAGAAAUAUGCCUGAUAGCUCUUCCAACAGGUCGCCCACUGACAUUGUGCUACAACUGUUAUUUCAAUCUUCAUAAUGACAUGCCUCAUUGUUCUGGGAAAAUGUAUUUUUGAUGCCUUAAUACAAUAUACUGUGCCAUAAAGAGUUUUCUACUUCUUUAUACAGAGCUCCAUUGUAGUCCAUUCGAGAAUCGGGACACCCACUUUAUGAUGGAGUAUUUGGACUGGAAAGUGUCUUUUGGGAGCCGUGACUUGAGGUUUCAUUGCAAUGAACUUGCACAUCAGUAAAUGCAGUUUAUUUGCAAACACAGCUCGACUAUUCAGCAGGUUAAAACUAUGGACAAAGAACAAUGGUCAAUUGCAUCGCACAUCCCCCUAACAGGAAACAACUCUACCGUGGAGGUAUGUGAAACAAAAUUAAGUAUUUUCUCUCAUCAGUUAAAAAUUGGUAUAUAUUUGGAUGUCAUAAUUAAUACAUACUGUAAGCUUAUGGAAACUAUUAUAAUAUUUAUACUCGAGUAGAAACUAGAAAACAACUAACAGGGUUAUUUACUAAAGUGAGAAUAGGUUGGAAUACAAAGUGAAUUUCAAAUUUUAAGGUUAAAGUAGCUGAACUGGAAACAAAGCUAACAAGGAGAAUUUUGCCUACUUUGGCCUUAAAUAUGAAACCCACGUGAGUUAAUAACCUUGUUGGAUCGCCCACCAUAAAUUUAAACUUGCACCAAUUGUUAGCUUCCUAUAUAAUGUAUGGCUUAAUUUAGUUCAUACUUCCAGCUGUCCCAGAUUUGGUGGUAACAUCCCAAAUUUGGGCAUCUCCUGUUACUAUCGUGUGUAGACUCACCCUUUAUAAGGGCAUUCUAAGCAACAUAAUCCCUCCAGUGACGCACUUGCACUACACUGCAGAGAGCAUGGAAAUAGAGCGCCUGCAGGGUUCAGUGGGGUAACCUUGUAUUCAUGCCAGACUGACUUGCCAGUAAAGUAGGUUAACCCAUCCUCUUUCUGGACAAGUCUGCCCUUUUGGCUGAGCCACUGACAAGGUCUCACAUUGGUCUGCCCCCUCUACCUACCCUCCCACCAGCAUCCCGAUUCUAAUAAUGCAAGUCGCAAAAGUCAUGGUUGCCAUAUUCGUAGAGAUUAGUGAACAUGGCUGAAAUUUGAUUUAUCAGCCCUAACAAAAAAUCCAUAGUGAUACUAUAGGCACCAAUACAACUUGAACUUAAUGAAGCUUUAUUAAAUAAUUAUUCAUUUUGCUGUAUUGAUCAUGCCCCUGCAGUAUCACUGCUCACUUCUCUGCCAUUUAGGAGUUAAAUCACCUUGUUUAUACAGACAUAGUAACAUCUCCCUGUAUGUGACGUGCAGCCUUCCUAAACAAUUCCUGUAAUGAGUCAUCUAAUGUUUAAAGUUCCUUUAUGACACAGUCUGUUUAAUUUAGAAUUUCUUAUCUUCUGCUCUGUUACUAACCUUCUCUAGACCCUGCAGGAGGCUCCUGUGUGUGAUUAACCCCUUAAGGACGCUGGAUGGAAAUUUUCCGUCAUUGCAGUACUCCCCUUAAGGACGCAGGAUGGAAAAUUUUCUUCCAAUACUAAAAUUAAACCCAGAUUGCCACAAUCACGCUUGAUAGUAAAAAACUUGUAAAAAGUAAAAAAAAACUUCUGAAAAAAGUUUAAAUAAAGUUUUAAAAAGUAAAAAAGUUGUUAAAAGCUAAAAAGAACGUUUUUAAAAGUUAAAAAAGGGAAAUAAUGCGUAUUACCGCUACACUUGGUACAGUCUAGCGAAAAAAUGAUACCACGCUAAGGUUUAAAAUAUGCCUUUUGAAACACCCUGGAGUGUCUUCUUUAGGAAAUGGUAUGCCUUUGUGAAGUAAUUGGAAAACACAACCUAUUAAAAAAUACCAAAGUGGGGCAUGGACCCAGCGUAAAAAUUCUAAGUUAAAUGGCUGUGUCUCAAAUGUGCCCCUUCAACGUUGUCAUAGACCUGGUAAAGGUACAUAUGGGGGUAUUGCUGUACUCAGAUGACAUAGCUGAUCAACAUAUGAUGUAGUAUUCUGCUGUCGCACACAUAAGGUUUGCAAAAUAUAUAUUACACACUCAUUGUGUGUCAAAUAGGCAUAAAGAAUGCUUAUUAACACUACACUUGAUACAAGCUAGCGGAAACAUGAUCCCACACUAAGGUUCAAAAUUUGCCUUUUGAAAUACCUUCGGGUGUCUUCUUUUAGAAAUCGCUUGCAUUUUUGGGGUAGUUCGAAAAAGCAACCUACUAACAUAUUUCAAAAUAGAAUACGGACCUAUUGAAACCCUCCAUGUAAAUUCACACUUAAAAACCUGAACUUGUCACGUCUUUUACACCACUGUAACUUCACAAAAUAGUGUCUAUUGGGCUUAUUGUUUUACUCAGAAGAGGUAACUGAGCAUGCUUAGGGGGAAUUUAUGACAGUGGCAUAAAUGUAUGUGGCAGUGACGGUGGCAAAUGUACGAAAUACCCAGCCAAAAUUCAACAUGUAUGUAAAAAAAAAAAAAUUUAAUUUUGUUUUCUCACCACAAAAUUUGAAAUAAAUUGGUGAAGAAAUGGUGGCAAGUUAAGGUAUAAUAUAUGCCUAAUAAGAUACCCUCAAAUGGAAGGUCUUUGUGGGGUUAUUUGAAUAACCAAUGGCUAUAAUGCCACAAAAUCAGACAUAUGACCAUCUAUGAAAAUUCCAGCUAUAGAAACUGAAAUAGCAUGGUCUCCUAUAUGGCAUUCUAGCUUCACAGAAUAGGGGCAAAGGUAUACAAUGGGGGUAUCGUUGUACUCAGCAGAUGUAGCUAAACACAAUAUGGAUUUCUGUACAGGGCUUUAUGAAAUACACAUUAGAAAAUCCUUGUUAUACAGUUGCAAGAAAAAGUAUGUGAACCCUUUGGAAUGAUAUGGAUUUCUGCACAAAUUGGUCAUAAAAUGUGAUCUGAUCAUCUUCUAAGUCACAAUAGACAAUCACAGUCUGCUUAAACUAAUAACACACAAAUAAUGAAAUGUUGCCAUGUUUUUAUUGAAAACAAUAUGUAAACAUUCACAGUGCAGGUGGAAAAAGUAUGUAAACCCUUGGAUUUAAUAACUGGUUGAACCUCCUUUGGCAGCAAUAACUUCAACCAAACGUUUCCUGUAGUUGCAGAUCAGACGUGCACAACGGUCAGGAGUAAUUCUUGACCAUUCCUCUUUACAGAACUGUUUCAGUUCAGCAAUAUUCUUGGGAUGUCUGGUGUGAAUCGCUUUCUUGAGGUCAUGCCACAGUAUCUCAAUCGGGUUGAGGUCAGGACUCUGACUGGGCCACUUCAGAAGUCGUAUUUUCUUCUGUUUAAGCCAUUCUGUUGUUGAUUUAUUUCUAUGCUUUGGGUCAUUGUCCUGUUGCAACACCCAUCUUCUGUUGAGCUUCAGCUGGUAGACAGAUGGCCUUAAGUUAUCCUGCAAAAUGUCUUGAUAAACUUGGGAAUUCAUUUUUCCUUCGAUGAUAGCAAUCCAUCCAGGCCCUGACGCAGCAAAGCAGCCCAAAACCAUGACGCCCCCACCACCAUACUGCACAGUUGGGAUGAGGUUUUGAUGUUGGUGUGCUGUGCUUUUUUUUUGCCCACAUAGUGUUGUGUGUUUCUUCCAAACAACUCAACUUUGGUUUCAUCUGUCCACAGAAUAUUUUGCCAGUACUGCUGUGGAACAUCCAGGUGCUCUUGUGCAAACUGUAAACGUGCAGCAAUGUUUUGUUUGGACAGCAGUGGCUUUCUCUGUGGUAUCCUCCCAUGAAAUCCAUUCUUGUUUAGUGUUUUACGUAUUGUAGAUUCGCUAACAGGGAUGUUAGCAUUUGCCAGUGACUUUUGUAAGUCUUUAGCUGACACUCUAGGAUUCUUCUUCACCUCAUUGAGCAGUCUGCGCUGUGCUCUUGCAGUCAUCUUUACAGGACGGCCACUUCUAGGGAGAGUAGCAGCAGUGCUGAACUUUCUCCAUUUAUAGACAAUUUGUCUUACCAUGGACUGAUACGGCUUUUGGAGAUACAGGGAGUGCAGAAUUAUUAGGCAAGUUGUAUUUUUGAGGAUUAAUUUUAUUAUUGAACAACAACCAUGUUCUCAAUGAACCCAAAAAACUCAUUAAUAUCAAAGCUGAAUAUUUUUGGAAGUAGUUUUUAGUUUGUUUUUAGUUUUAGCUAUGUUAGGGGGAUAUCUGUGUGUGCAGGUGACUAUUACUGUGCAUAAUUAUUAGGCAACUUAACAAAAAACAAAUAUAUACCCAUUUCAAUUAUUUAUUAUUACCAGUGAAACCAAUAUAACAUCUCAACAUUCACAAAUAUACAUUUCUGACAUUCAAAAACAAAACAAAAACAAAUCAGUGACCAAUAUAGCCACCUUUCUUUGCAAGGACACUCAAAAGCCUGCCAUCCAUGGAUUCUGUCAGUGUUUUGAUCUGUUCACCAUCAACAUUGCGUGCAGCAGCAACCACAGCCUCCCAGACACUGUUCAGAGAGGUGUACUGUUUUCCCUCCUUGUAAAUCUCACAUUUGAUGAUGGACCACAGGUUCUCAAUGGGGUUCAGAUCAGGUGAACAAGGAGGCCAUGUCAUUAGAUUUUCUUCUUUUAUACCCUUUCUUGCCAGCCACGCUGUGGAGUACUUGGACGCGUGUGAUGGAGCAUUGUCCUGCAUGAAAAUCAUGUUUUUCUUGAAGGAUGCAGACUUCUUCCUGUACCACUGCUUGAAGAAGGUGUCUUCCAGGAACUGGCAGUAGGACUGGGAGGUGAGCUUGACUCCAUCCUCAACCCGAAAAGGCCCCACAAGCUCAUCUUUGAUGAUACCAGCCCAAACCAGUACUCCACCUCCACCUUGCUGGCGUCUGAGUCGACUGGAGCUCUCUGCCCUUUACCAAUCCAGCCACGGGCCCAUCCAUCUGGCCCAUCAAGACUCACUCUCAUUUCAUCAGUCCAUAAAACCUUAGAAAAAUCAGUCUUGAGAUAUUUCUUGGCCCAGUCUUGACGUUUCAGCUUGUGUGUCUUGUUCAGUGGUGGUCGUCUUUCAGCCUUUCUUACCUUGGCCAUGUCUCUGAGUAUUGCACACCUUGUGCUUUUGGGCACUCCAGUGAUGUUGCAGCUCUGAAAUAUGGCCAAACUGGUGGCAAGUGGCAUCGUGGCAGCUGCACGCUUGACUUUUCUCAGUUCAUGGGCAGUUAUUUUGCGCCUUGGUUUUUCCACACGCUUCUUGCGACCCUGUUGACUAUUUUGAAUGAAACGCUUGAUUGUUCGAUGAUCACGCUUCAGAAGCUUUGCAAUUUUAAGAGUGCUGCAUCCCUCUGCAAGAUAUCUCACUAUUUUUGACUUUUCUGAGCCUGUCAAGUCCUUCUUUUGACCCAUUUUGCCAAAGGAAAGGAAGUUGCCUAAUAAUUAUGCACACCUGAUAUAGGGUGUUGAUGUUAUUAGACCACACCCCUUCUCAUUACAGAGAUGCACAUCACCUAAUAUGCUUAAUUGGUAGUAGGCUUUCGAGCCUAUACAGCUUGGAGUAAGACAACAUGCAUAAAGAGGAUGAUGUGGUCAAAAUACUCAUUUGCCUAAUAAUUCUGCACUCCCUGUACUUUUAUAACCCUUUCCAGCUUUAUGCAAGUCAACAAUUCUUAAUCGUAGGUCUUCUGAGAGCUCUUUUGUGUGAGGCAUCAUUCACAUCAGGCAUUGCUUCUUGUGAAAAGCAAACCCAGAACUGGUGUGUGUGUUUUUUUUUGUUUUGUUUUUUUUUAAUAGGGCAGGACAGCUGUAACCAACACCUUCAAUCUCAUCUCAGUGAUUGGACUCCAGUUGGCUGACAUCUCACUCCAAUUAGCCCUUAGAGAUGUCAUUAGUCUAGGGGUUCACUUCCUUUUUCACCUGCACUGUGAAUGUUUACAUGGUGUGUUCAAUAAAAACAUGGCAACAUUUCAGUAUUUGUGUGUUAUUAGUUUAAGCAGACUGUGAUUGUUUAUUGUUGUGACUUAGAUGAUGAUCAGAUCACAUGUUAUGACCAAUUUGUGCAGAAAUCCAUAUCAUUCCAAAGGGUUCACAUACUUUUUCUUGCAACUGUAUGUGUAUAUGCCAAAAUAGAGAAAUAAAGCACAAUUUGACUCCAAUAUUUAGCAGAGAUUGGCAGUUAAAUGGCUACUUAAAAAAAUGUCAAAAUAACCUUAGGUAAAUAGCCUGUGAUGUCUACUUUAUAUAAAUAUUUACUUUUGUGUGGCAAUUUUGUUUUCUGUGAUGGGUAUUAAACUUCCAAGACAAACAUACCUACUUCUAAAAUUGUUUCACAUUGAAAUUUCAUUUUAGGCCUUGUAGUUUGUGACGUGUAGCUUUCAAAAUAAACUGAAAUCCUAUACAUAUUAUAUACUUUGUAAAUCAAGACACAUAAAUGAAUUGAUUUUUAAAUUACUUUUAAGCUGGACAUAUUAUGCACACAUUAUUAUUGGCAAAACCUGGCAAACAAUAUUUCCCCUCCCCCCAUUAUUAUUUUGCAUUUGUUUUGUAAUAAUGAUUUUAUUUAUGUAUAUGUCACAUCAAAUUAAAGCCCUUUUUAUAGUCUAUAAACCAGUAUAUAAUAUGUGCAAAAUAAGUAUAUAAUAAGAUGCAAAUUGCAGUUGAACACAAACAGCAAAAAAUGCAAAAACUGCUUGUGUCCUUAAGGGGUUAAAGUUCAAUUAAUAAAGCAGGAGAUAAACAUUUUAAAACCAAGUAAAUAUAUGAUUGAAAUGAAACCAUUUUGAUUUCAUGCAGGGGUGAUGUGACUAGGGCUGCAUAAACGUAAACAAAAGUAAAUCACUUAAAUGGUCAUGGCAUUUGGAGUUAAAGGAAAACUAGAGGGUCAGGAAUAGAAAUGUAUAUUCCUGACCCUAUAAAAAAAUUUUUUAUGUGGCCGUCCACCCUUGCCUCCCUUACAUAGGAUACAAACUCACCUUUAUUCCCACACCUGCGUUGGCUCUGCACCCUUCCUGCCUCCUUGGAGAUCUUACCCAAUCCAAUGCUUUCCUAUAGAAAAUGUACAUCCAAAUGUACAUUGAGAUCUAAUUUUUCUAUGUGGAUUAUAGUAUCUCUUGUAACAUUCUUGAGCUUUAGUGAUAAGUUCAUUGAGAAUAGUAAUUUUUAAAUUUGAUUUCUUUGUAACUUUAGGUGGUUAUCCAGAUAUGGAAUGUGUGUUUAAGAGGUGAUUAACUUUGGAUGAUAUCCAUAGUUGGAGUAUGAACAAAUGGCAUUAUUGUAACUGAAUUCAGCUAAUUAAAGCUUUUGGGACAAAGUUUUCCUGAUAGUUGAAAUGAAGUCUCAGAUAUUUUUCAUGUGUGCUGUUUAUUAUUUCAAUUUGUCUGUACAAUUAUGAAUAAUUAAGAUAAGUGACAUUUUAUUAUGGGCACUUUGCAUAUUUCUCUUCAAAAGAUUUGUGGUUUUCCAAGUGGUUAAUAUUUUGUGGAAAUGAAUGGAAUAAUCAAUCAACAAUAACCAUUACUGUAGUUUCACAAGCAGGCAAUAUCCCCACUAAUUCAUGUUAGACAACCAAAAUAGUAAUUUGCAAAAUAAAUAGUCCUUUUAACACCAGGAUAUUUAGGAGGGGUUGGGGUGGAUAAAUCUGAUCAAAUUGCCUACAUUGAGAUGAGUAAUACGCAAAUUGUCUUUAAAAUACUGUCUGCUUUAGUAAUUGCAGAAACAGACUCUACUUCAAGGUAUUUGUGACUGUAAACAAUGGUAAAACCUCAAUUUUGGGGGGCGUGGCUAACUGCCUAGAGCAAUGGAUGCCUAAUCCUUUAGCUCUGGCUCACAGUGUCACAAUCUGAUGCCAUCCUGACAAUCUGACCACAUAUAAAGACAACAAAGGCGACAUGGCACAACAAAAGGGGGAAGAAGAACGCCACAAAGGCAGUAAAACUUAACUUUUUUGGGAAUAAAUCACAAAACGAUCAGACGGAGAUUCGGGCCUUCUCUCAAGAUGGAGGCGCCAGCUCAGACGGCACAGAGUGCCCCACUCCGACGGAAAUAGAUUCAGACCCUGACAAGCUCACAAAAAGUCACCUACAGCUGGCACUGGAUGCACUGUCACAGAAGUGGAUUACAACUUGGCAGCAUUUAAUGGACUCAUUAAGGAAAGAUGUUCAAGAACUGGGUAAAAGGACAUCACAUGUUGAAUCUAAAAUGGAGGACUUUGCCUAGACAUAUAACGAUCUGGCCACACACGUGGAACAGAUCAAACGAAAGCUCACCACUACUGAACUGAAACUAACUGACCUGGAGGAUAGGGCGCGCAGAAAUAAUUUGCGCCUCAGAGGGAUACCAGAAUCAAUACUACCAGAAAACCUACAAACCCAUGUUAGAGGUCUCCUUCAUGCAUAUGUCCCAGAGAUACCAGCAGAUAUGUUAUUCAUAGAUAGAGUGCAUCGGCUUCCAAGGCCUAGAUUCUUGCCUGUAACAGCACCCCGAGAUGUCUUGAUGCGCAUUCAUUAAUAUCAUAGAAAAGAGCACAUAUUGCGAGUGAGCAGCAACAAAGUGAAACUGCCGGCAGACUUCCCAGAGAUUAAAAUAUUCGCGGAUCUUUUGGCCUCCACAGGAGGAAAGACUUCUCACAAAUAGCCAACACAUUGCGGUCCAACGGCAUCAGAUUCCGCUGGGGUUUCCCAACAAAAAUGCUGUUAACAAAAGACGGAUCCACACAAGUUAUCACAUCACCGGAGGACGGGAUAAGAAAAUUGCGGCUCUGGUGACUCACAGAAAAAGAACCGGAACCGCAGGCUUCACCACCUUGUCAUUUGCAGCUUGAAGGGAGCAGAGCUACCCUCACGAAAAAACCUCACUGAAAGACUGCAAGUAUAAAACAAAAGCAAGCAUGUUGUAACUGCACACAGCAUGGACUGAUCUCCAUGUAUAAUACUUGCUAAACGUUAUUAAUAUUAAUCUGUUUUUUAUCUUCUUAUUAUAUUUUUUAAAGCAACCUGUAUAUUAAUCACAUAUGGUUAAACUUUCCCAUAGUAAGAGCCAAUGUAAAUUACCUGCUAAGGGUUAUUAUUGUUAAUCUAUUUUCUACUCUUCCACCUAAUGAUCUAAAGCGUGGGUCGUCAACCUGGUCCCUACCGCCCAAUAGUGGGCAUUUCAGGAUUCCAGGUGGGCGGUAGGGAUUUUCUAAUUUUGAGAGAUUAGGUGGGUGGGCGGGUGAGAGCCGCCUGGGCCGCACAUGGAGGAGUCCAUCGGGUGGCCCAUGCUGUCAGGGCCAUCUGAUGGAUGUGGAUUGUGAGGGGGCCUCGGUCAGCGCUGGGCGCCUUAACAGUGCGACCGGGCCUCCUGUGAUUACAUCACAGAGCUGGGAGGAAGUGACUGCACGUCACUCCUCCCAGCUAACACACAGACCGCGCGGGAGGAAGGAGGAGGGAGUCAGAGUGGGAAUUCUGACUCCCAUCCACCUGAGCCACCACUGGACCCCGUGACCACAUUUUGUGUGUUUGUUUAUGUGUCUUUGUAUGUAUGUCUUGUGUGUGUCUGUCUGUAUGUAUGUAUGUGUGAGUCUGUCUGUAUAUAUGUGUAUGUAUCUUUGUAUGUAUGUCUUGUGUGUCUGUAUAUGUGUUGUGUGUGUCUUUGUAUGUGUAUCUUGUGUCUGUAUGUGUGUGUCUUUGUAUGUAUGUCUUAUGUGUGUGUCCUUGGUAUGUGUGUGUCUGUAUGUAUGUGUGUCUGUCUGUUAUAGUGGGCUAUAGUAAGUAAUAGUAAGUGGGAUACCUAGCUCAGCCUUCCUACUGGGCAUUGCUAUAAAGAAGGUUAAAAAAUAAAAAUAAAAAUGGAAAAAAAAGUGGGGAGGGGAAUUGAGGAGGGAGAGGAGGGAUGCUGACGCACAGCUGAGAAAUCAUAUUAUGCGCAAACAGAGAAGUCGUCUGAAUAUCACUGAAAGAGGAUACCUUUGUUUGUUCCUUACAAAAAUCGUAUACUGUCACUUCUUGGUGUGGUAUAGAUUUUCUUUUUUUGUUAGACAAUGUAAACUACCUGCUAAGGGUUAUUACUGCUAAUUAAUUUCCACUCUCCCAUCUUAUGACCCAAAGCAACCUGCAUCUUACGCAACAUAAAUAUGCUAAGUGCAACUGUAUGAACAGUCAAGUAACUAAUACACCAUACCUCCCCAGGAAAUGGGAUAGCCACCAAAGAGCUGAUGUACUGACUCAAUUAAAAAAUAAAUAAAAAUAAAUGUUGCAUUAUACAGUUGAUAAAUAUGAGUUAAUAGAUGUUGUCUGUGUGACACGCCAGGGCAAUUAGACCAUUGGAGGGAGAUUAUUGGGAUAUUUGGACAGUCAGGCAUACUAUAGCACUAGCGCAGUGUCUAAGAAGCCCAUGGCACUCACAAACGUACAAUGCCUAGAGUGCUGCACAGCUGACACAAAGCAUAAGUUUUAGAUCUAAAGUUUCCUACACCACAAGUUAUAAAUAUGUAAUGUAUAAUAUGCUAUGUUAGAGAUUGUCUUUAACACCUAGGAUAUACAAGGUAUAAAUACAUAAGGUAUAAUAAGCUUUAGACUUAAGAUUUUCUUUUUUAUACCACAAGUUAUGCAUAGGUAAUGUAGAAUGUGAUAUGGUAAAAAAAAAAAAAAUUCUUCAAUAUCUAAGAUAUACAAGUUACAAAAAUGUAAUGUAUAAUAUUUUAAGUUAGAGAACAUCUGCAACACCUAUGAUAUGUACUCAAUGUAUGCCAAUGUUCAACCCACAGCACUGACUCAGGAUGAAACAUCUAUUAUAUAGAGUAUCAUUUAGACCCGAAGCCACCUUAACCCCUUAAGGACCAAACUUCUGGAAUAAAAGGGAAUCAUGGCAUGUCAGACAUGUCAUGUGUCCUUAAGGGGUUAAGGAAACACAGAAGUUUCCACCUCCACGGUACCUAUAGGAGUACCAUGCCUUACGACCAAAGGUUAUGUAAAUAUCUAGUUCAUGUUUACCCCCAGUUUAAUUUCCCUUCUCCCAUUCGCAGAAAACUCCACCAAAGUGUCACCGACCCAACCCAGGUUCACUGUACAAGGCGAGAGAAACAAUGACAAGGUCACCCAAUCAAACCAACCUACUCCACACCUCGAAAAAAAGGCACCAUAAACUGCGAAACAAAUACACAGAUGUAACCACAACUGAUGCUCCCCCAAAACUAACAACAUAUGAAAAUACAAUCACAUAACGUUAGGGGAUUAAAUACCCCACACAAUCGCAGGACUCUCCUAGCAGGUGCUAAACAGGACAGCGCAGACAUUCUUUGUCUCCAAGAAACACACUUUGCACACUGCAGGGUCCCAGAGUUUGGGAAACCGGAAUAUACAACCCAAUAUCACACCACUUACUCCUCUAAACCAAGAGGUGUCUCUUUCCUGUUCCAUAAAUUACUAACCUUUUACAGAUUAAAAAAAGACCCCCAGGGCCGCUACCUCAUACUGCACUGCAAUAUCAACAACGCAUUAUAUACCUUAGUGGGUAUAUACAGUCCAAACACCAACCAACGCAACUUUCUACACAAGGUACUGAACAAAAUUCCCCACCAUAACACGACUUCCUUAAUAAUAUGUGGAGAUCUGAAUCAUGUACUACACCCACAUAUGGACACGACAGCGACUACAUCCACUCCAAGAUCCAAAGCACUAAACUCACAAUGCAAGGCCCUCACUAAACUUAUUUCAGAUUAUGGCCUAUACGACAUCUGGCGUACCCUUCAACCAAACAUGAGAGGGUAUUCAUUCUACUCAGCGAUUCACAAAACGCAUUCUAGAAUAGAUUGCAUUCUGGUGUCACAUGAUAUGAUCUCACAGGUGACCAAAUGUCAGUUGGGGGACAUCGUGUGGUCAGAUCAUGCCCCAGUAACACUCACAACCCACGACGCCUACAACCACAGAGGGAAACCCCCCUGGCGAUUGAACAACACAUUACUGACUGAUGCAGACUUUAACACUAAAUUAGAAAAACAGACAUAAAUGACUAUUUCCAGGCAAAUCAAAAUUAGGAGCUCCUGCCCACCACACUAUGGCAAGCCCACAAGGCAGUAACUAGAAGAAUACUUAUAAGCAAAGCAGCGUAUAUAAAACGGAGCACACAAAAGAAAUAUCUACAAUUAUUGACAGAGCUUCGAGAUCUCAGUAACUAACAAUAAAAUCCAAAGACGAAAGACUAAUAGAAAAAGCACAUACUACUAAACAAAUCAAUGACCUGCUGCUCCACAAAACUGCCCAGAACCUCCACAAACUCAAAUUAUGGCAUUUCACACAGGGUACCAGAGCUAGCAAAGCGCUAGAGUCAAUGCUGAGGCAGAAACAAGCAAAAUCAAAAAUCCCAUACAUACUCAAUAACGCAAGAGGGAAAAUAUACGACCCCCGAAAAAAUUAACACAAUGAUUGCUAACUACUACAAAAGUCUUUAUAACCUGCGGGACGAUAGACACACCAACCCAAUCACACUGAAAUACAAAACUUCCUCGCCAACAUAAGACUACCAACUCACGCAAUUGCAUAAAAAAAGUCUACAAAAACCAAUCACACUACAAGAACUGAUGCAGACAAUACGAUCACUACCAUCAGGGAAAUCACCGGGCCCAGAUGGUUUCACCAACGAAUAUUAUAAAACAUUGCACAACACUCUAGCCCCGCACCUAGUCACAGCACUAAAUAACAUAGUACAAUCGGGAAACAUGCCACCAGAGAUGUUACUCGCGCACAUAGCCACAUUAGCAAAACCGGGGAAGACUCCCAAUCAGCCAAAAAAUCUACGCCCCAUCUCCCUACUAAAUACUGACACACAAAAAACCUCGCAAAAAUAUACACUACUAGGAGUAGCGACCAUCAUACCUUCCCUCAUACACCCAGACCAAGUGGGAUUUGUGAAGGGGAGACAGGGGGCAGAGGGCACAAGAAAACUUCACAGCCUGCUUUAUGGUAAAAAGGCCCACGAAAAACCCAGAGUGUUUGUCAUUAGAUGCCUAAAAGGCUUUUGACAGGUUGCACUGGAAUUUCCUCCGAGCAGUCCUGAAAAAUUUGACUUCCCACCCGCAUUUCAAGGCCUAAUCUCAGCACUUUACUCUACACCUGCUGCCCAAAUAAUGAACGGAGGCUUUGUGUCCCAACCCUUUGAAAUCACAAACGGCACCCGUCAAGGAUGCCCACUAUCCCCAAUACUCUAUAUCCUCGCCCUUGAACCACUAGCACAAUCCAUCAGGGACAACAUAAUUAUUAAAGGGGUACGUAUAGCAGACAAAGAAUACAAAAUUACCAUGUUUGCUGAUGAUGUCAUGCUCUCGUUUACUGACCCAAUAGUUUCUAUCCCGGCUCUCCAAACCACUGUGAAACAAUAUAGUGAUUGCUCAUACUAUAAAUUGAACACCACAAAAACCAUGUGUCUAUACACACCAUCACCACACACAACAGCAGUUCUGAAACAGACACACAAAUAUGAAUGGAAGGACAGAGUUACAUUCCUGGGAAUCAAUUUCACAAAACAAGAACACCGCCUGCUCAGAGACAACUACAUCAAAACCCUCAACUCUAUAAAACAACAGAUGAUGGGAUGGAAAGGGAAAUUUGUCUCAUGGAUGGGAAAAAUUGCUGCAGUAAAAAUGUUAAUAUUGCCAAAACUGCAAUACUUAUUCCGCACAUUACAAAUUAAACUACCCCAAACAUUCCUCAAGAUAGCUCAGAAAGUGAUUAACACAUUUAUUUGGGCACCCAAAAAGCCAGGGACAACGGCAAACAUUAUGUACCUACCAUAGAAAUUGGGGGGCAUGGGCCUACCACACCUCACCACGUAUUAUAGAGCGUCCAUCAUGAGCCAACUCAUAACAACGUUACACCAAUCCUCGACACCAAACUCAUGGUUAGACAUUGAGGUGGCAAAUGCAGACGGACAACACAUUACUUCUCUUGCCUGGCUAAUGCCACAACACAGGAGAAAACACAUACACAUGGCUCCUACAACCGCGACAACACUGAGAGAAUGGGACAGACAUCACAAAAUACAUAAAACGAACACUGUCACCUGCAAUGCCACUUUCUUCCUUCACAGAACUCAUACCCUUUGUGAACAUCGUCACUUGGAACACGACAGGUUUGAGACACCUAUAUGACCAACACAAACUUAUACCAUUUAACCAGCUGCAAAGGGAAUACAAACUCCCUAACUCAGCAGAAUUCACACAUAGGCAGAUUGGCUCUUGGCUGGGAAAACACAAACUUUUACUUCCCUCAAAAGACAGGUGGACGAACCUUACAGCCCUAGAACAGAUGUGCCUACAGAACAAACAGCCUUCACAUCCAUUAUAAGAUAUACAAUCUAACAAACUCCCCACAUGACCUUACAUUUGCCCAAGCGUGGGAAACAGAAUUGGGCAAGAGACUAAUGGACAACCAAGGGGCAUACAUAUUCUGCGCAAACACCCUAACACUGCACACGUCCCAUUUGGAAAUAAGUAGGAAAAUACUAUACCGCUGGUACUUGGUUCCUACACGAAUGAAACAUAUCACACCGGCACAUUCAGGGAUUUGUUGGAGAUGCAACAAACACCCAGGAACAAUGCUGCACAUGUGGUGGACAUGCCCAGAUCUGGGGAAACUGUGGACAGACAUACACUCCCUAAUACAAAAGGUGACCAAGACUAACCUACCACAAGCACCUGAACACUACAUCCUCCAGUGCCUACCAACUAGCAUUAAAACAGCUGACAGAUACUUAAUAUACCAUAUUACUUCCGCCGCACUAACAAGUAUAAGCAGAAAAUGGUUACAAACAAAACCUCCGCACAUAAAUUAAUGCAUUCAACAAAUUGAAGAUACAAAAAAGUAUGAAAUGGCGGCUAGAGUGCAUAGAUCCCCACAGGCAUACUGGAGGGUGGCGUGGGAAAGGUGGAACAGGCACCAACACACGCCACAAAACCACUAAUACAAAGUAAAGGCCCCGAUGAUAACUAACGAUAAUGGACAAUAACGAAUGGAUCCAGCGCACUCACCUAUCCACUAAGCCUUCCACAACGUCAAUGUACCCCAUCUUUGGCAGGUCCUACACUAACAGCCUAAUGUCUGCUCUUAUGAGAUUAACCUACUUACUUGAGGAAAAAAUUCCAUCUGGGGCUCUCUGCAGUACAAGGCUAAAUAUGGCCCUGGGAUGAGGCACCUGUGACAGGGAGGGGUGCAAAACCAAGGAGUUGGCUAGACUCCCAAAUAUAUAUAUAUAUAUAUAUAUAUAUAUAUAUAUAUAUAUAUAUAUAUAUAUAUAUAUAUAUAUAUAACAAGGGGGGUUAGCUGCACUCACCUGAACAUGCAUAAAUGGGGGUGCUGCUGGGGGCCAAAUAAUACAAUACACAAGAUCCAGCGCACUCGCCUAUCCACUAAACAGCAACUUCAAUGUUGAAAGAUUUUAUUAGUUUUUUAAAAAACACCUAAUCAAGGCAAAAAUAAUGGGGGUUUAGUUACAUUAUAUGAUCAUGCAUUGCAUAAGCCUGCCACAACGUCAAUGUACCCCAUCUUUGGCAGGUCCUACACCAACAGCCUAAUGUCUGCUCUUAUGAGAUUAACCUACUUACUUGAGGAAAAAAUUCCAUCUGGGGCUCUCUGCAGUACAAGGCUAAAUAGGGCCCUGGGAUGAGGCACCUGUGACAGGGAGUGUGUGGGGGUGCAGUGUUUGUAUGGGGAGAAGUGUGUGUGGAGAAGUGUGUUUGGUAGGGCAGUGUGUAUGGGGGGCCGUGUAAAACAAUUUUUUUUUUUUUUUUAAUUAAUAAAAUAUUAUUUCUAAUCUCCCUCCCUUCCUACCUUUGCCUGGGAGGGGGGAUAUCGCUUGUAAUCCCUGGUGGUCCGGUGGAAUCCCUGGCGGUUCUAGUGGGGAGUGAACUCUAGCGUGCACCUCCUGAAGCUAGAGUUCACUCUCGCGAGAGAAGACCCGGCGGAGCUCCGGGCUAGAGUUUCUCCCGGGUCUCCUCUCUCCGUGCCGGCUGCCCAGUAAAUUGCCCCAUUGCGCCCCCACCCCUCUCCCCCAGAUCUGCCACUGGCACGCACGUUAGACCUCCCUGGGGAUUCCGGUGAUGCUGGAGGUCCUUAUGCAUAACGUGAGGACGUCCAGUAUAAUUUAAAACACUUUUCGUCUGAUAGACAGCCACUAGAGGAGAUUUAACCCUGCAAGGUAAUUAUUGCAGUUUGUAAAAACUGCAAUAAUUACACUUGCAGGGUUAAGGGUGAUGGGAAUUGGCACCCAGACCGCUACAAUGGGCAGAAGUGGUCUGGGUGCCCGGAGUUUCCAUUUAAUGUGAGGAGGGGGCUGUAGGGGAUUCCUGGCAGCAUGACUUCUACAGCUCAUAGUAGUAGUUGUGGUAUUUGGUGUGUUCCUUUUAAUUCUUCUGUAACUUGUGCUACUGGUCAAUAAUAUUUAUAUAACAUUUUACAGUACAAAUGUGUAAAGCCAUGAAUAUUUGGAGAUAUUUUUUUUUUGUCUUUCAGUUAGUCCCACUGGAAAAUAAUUGGGAGCAUUUUUGGUAAAGUGCCAAUUUUCUCAGGAUUAAGAAUAUAUUUAAGAAACCCAAGACUUGAAAAAUAUUUUGGCAUAUAGUGAAUUCUGUUGUAAUCUGUUAAACACUGUUAAGACAUGUUGAUGUUGUUGUUGAAUAUUUUUAGAGAAAAUUAAUGUCGUCAAGACAAAUGCUGACAGUUGUCUAGUAUAUCCGGAAGAUAUUAUUUACAAAAUGUUGAAACACUAAGGAGUUACUCCAUAACACAAAAGGCAUGGUGGUUUACGCAGACUGCCCAUACCUUGCGUGGAACACAGGAUAAGAUUAUAAGCUCUUGUUUUUGUGAAAUUAGAAGAUCAGUUUAGAUUUUAAAAUUUUCUGAAAUAAGAGUUAAAGGGUAAUUUUUUAAGGUGAUGCUACUUAAAGGGAGACUCUAUAUAUAGCCUGCUAAUUAUAAUGCUAGCAAUCCCGUAGCACCAUUUAAGUGUUUGCAGUUUGACACUUACCUGGGUCAAGUUGUGCUUGUCUUGCAAGGUCUUAAUUCACAGUAUCACCAUCUUUCUAUCACCAGCGUUUCUCAGAUUACAGCCACUGGUGCCUGCUGAGGACCUCCAGCUUCUUUGAAACUGUGUCAACUCUUGGGAUCUUGCGAAAAUCAACACAGUAAACUGAUAACACAACAGGCUGCACAGGGGGGACUUGUAGAAUAUCGUAAAUAAAAAGAAAUACAAUUUUAAAAGUGACUUAGCUGCUUAAAUAGUGUGAUAUCGCCAUGGGACUCUUGGCAUCUCCUUCUGCAAUGUGACUGCUGGAAGUCGACAGGACAGCAGCAUACUCUCCCUUACCAUCAUUAAAUGACCCCAGUGGCGGAUCCGGGGGGGUGAGGGGGGGCGCAAUGGAGCAAUUGCCCCCCCCGAGAGCCGAUGCUCUCUCCUGCAUGGCCAGUGCUGUCCAAGCGCCGGCCCUGCUAAGUGCCUUCACAGACCGGAGGGGAGAUCAGAGAUAGGAGCACGGAGAGAGGAGACCCGGGAGGAACUCUAGCCUGCAGCUCCGCCGGGUCUCCUCUCGCGAGAACGGAGCAUUGCCGCGGUUACCACGGCAAUGCUCCGUUCUCGCGAGAGUGAACUCUAGCCUCAGGAGGUGCAGGCUAGAGUUCACUCCCCACUAGAACCGCCAGGGAUUCCACCGGACCACCAGGGAUUACAAGCGAUAUCCCCCCUCCCAGGCAAAGGUAGGAAGGGAGGGGGGAAUUAUAAAUAAUAUUUUAUUAAUUAAAAAAAAAAAAAAAACACAUUUGUUUUACACUGCCCCACCAAACACACUGCCCCCACAAACACACUGCCCCCACAAACACACUGCCCCCACAAACACACUGCCCCCACAGCCCCCCAUACACACACACACACUUCUCCUCCACAUACAAACACACUUCUCCAUACACACAGUGCUCCCCAUACAAACACUGCACCCACACACACACACACACUUCUCCCCCACAAAAACAUUACACCCUCACACACACACACACACACUGCACCCACAUACACACAGUGCUCCAACACACAAAACACUGCACCCCAAUACACACAAUUCCCCCAACUGCACUCCCAUACACACACUGCCCGCACUACACCUUCAUACACACACUGGCCCCAUACACACAGUGCUUCCUUCACACACAGUAGUAGAGGCUCUAUCUCCUCUGCUACAGCCCCUGUCCUGGCAGAACCUAGGUAAAUUGUCAAACUGUUCUUAAACCGUUUGACUAUUUACUCUGGGAGGGCGCCACGGCACUCCUGGCACCAUAUCCACUACAUAGAGCUGUAGUGGUUAUUGUGCCUGGAUUGUUUCUUUAAAUAAUUUGAGUGCCCCUCCCGAGAUAAGACUCUGGAUCUGCCAGUGAAUGACCCUCCUACUGUCACGAACGUGGGCUAUUAGCCCAGCUGAGACAGUGGGGAGAGUGUGGAAGUGAAAGGGUUAACCCCUUAAGGACACAUGACAGAACUAUUCCGUCAUGAUUCCCUUUUAUUCCAGAAGUUGUGUCAUUAAGGGGUUAAUGACACCAGACCCCUGUUUACCUGUUGCUAGUCCCAGCAACCACUAAAUUAACCCCUGCAAUCCCUUCUACACUAACACCCUACUACACACUUUACUGCCACCACCAAGAAUUUAUAUCUGGGCUUCUUAGGUUACCCCAAGGAUACAAAAUCCUAAACGUACCAGGAGGCGUGGAGUGUGAAACAAAUAACAAACAAUAUUUUAAAAAAAUAUAUUAAAUAAAAUUGAAGUAAAAAAACAAAACAAUAAUAUUAAUAAUAAUAUUGAGGGAAUAGACAGGAAAAAAGCUGCCCCGAAAUUAUAUGCCUGAUAUUCCGGCGUGUUUGUAAGUGUUUUUAACCGUGUGCUAAAAAUUAAUAAAGGGUAUACGGAGAACACCAUGUCUCUGUUCUUUUAGAUUCCAAGACAUCUUACAACACAAGAGACCGGUUUAUGCACCUAUAAGAAGAUUUUGUACCUAUUCUCACCACUUUGCUGAUAUAGGUCCUAUAAUAUAAUACCAGCAUCAGAUGAUUUUAGCUCCUGCUAUUUGGUAACAGGAGUCCUUCAUCUUGGUAGCUGAUACAUACUUGCUGCAUUCAUUGCUACUUUGGCUUAUAUAGACUUUGAUCCACAGACUGUGCUGUUAUUUUCAUUAGUUGCUACUUGUAUCUGCUGAUAAACAUUUUUUUACUGUAAUUUUUUAACUGGUAUUUUUAUAUACAUUUUUUAACUGGUAUUUUUUAUCUGCUCUUACACUUUCCUAUUAUUUUCUGUUUCUCUUUUCUGCCAUUUUGAAAACAUUCAUAUUCACCGCUUAGCAGACUGUAGCCCCCUUCAUUUCGGGGCAGCUCUUUUCCUGUCUAUUCCAGCAAUAUUAUUUUUUUUAUUUUUAACUUCACUUUUUUUAUUUAAUAUUGUUUAUUAUGUUAUUUGUUUCCCACUCCACGUCUAUUGGUACGUUUAGGAUUUUGCAUCAUUGAGGUUUACAUUUUACCGCUCUAUAACCUUAAAAGGACAAUAUAGUCACCCAGACAACUCUAGCUUAAUGAAGCUCUAAAGUUUCACUGCUCAAUUCUCUACCAUUUAGGAGUUAGACUACUUUUGUUUCUUUUCGUGCAGCUACACCUCCCCUGCUGUGACUGACACAGUCUGCAUGAAAGCAAAAUGGUUUCAUUUUCAAUCACAUCUAACUUACUUUAGAAGUUUGUAUCUUCCUGCUCUGUAAAUUUAACUUUAAUCACAUACAGGAGACUCCUGCAGGGUCUAGCAAGCUAUUAACAGAGCAGGAGAUAAGGCAUUCUAAAUUACACAGAAUUUGCAAUAAAGGAAAUAUAAAAAUUAUAAUUUAAAAAAAGAUUACUUACCUUGCCUCCAAUACUAGGACUUCUCUGCUACAGCUGCCCAUUCCAUCUUUAAAGACAUCAGCGUGCCUACUGAUUUCUUCCAAAUCUCCUCCCAUCCAUUUCUUCUAAUAAAGAAUUAGCAGCAUUUUAUUCCCAGGCUAAGUUUUUCAGUGUACAGAAGCACAUCUAGUGGCUAUCAGGAAGACAGCAUCUAGAGGUGGAUUUUACCCAAUGUUUUAUAUAGCAGGCUUAAAAUGACAGGAUCACUGCACCCGUAACACUUCAUUGAGAGGAAGUGUUUAGGAAGGCUGUGUAAGUCACAUGCAGGGAGGUGUAACUAGGGUUGAAUAAACAAAGUGAUUUAACCCCUAAAUGGCAGAAAAUCGAGUAGUGAGACUGCAGGGGCAUGAUCUAUACACCAAAACUGCUUCAUAUUGAAAAGAUCAAUCAUUCAUAUGGACCUAUAGGUUCCCUUAUGUCCACCCUGCUUUGCUGCACAAAAUUAUAAUUUAAAAAAGAUUACUUACCUUGCCUCCAAUACUAGGACUUCUCUGCUACAGCUGCCCAUUCCAUCUUUAAAGACAUCAGCAUGCCUACUGAUUUCUUCCAAAUCUCCUCCCAUCCAUUUCUUCUAAUAAAGAAUUAGCAGCAUUUUAUUCCCAGGCUAAGUUUUUCAGUGUACAGAAGCACAUCUAGUGGCUAUCAGGAAGACAGCAUCUAGAGGUGGAUUUUACCCAAUGUUUUAUAUAGCAGGCUUAAAAUGACAGGAUCACUGCACCCGUAACACUUCAUUGAGAUGAAGUGGUCUGGGUGACUAUAGUGUUCCUUUAAUGUUAAUCACAGUGCUCUUAAGGGGGUAAUACAUUAUGUCUCUAUGUUUAACACGUUUUAUGUUUUAUUUUAUCCCUGCGCAUCUUGGAAGCGAUAAGAAGUUACUCUAGUUCUCUCUCCUCUUUUAAAGGAACAUUUCAAACCCCACCCCCACCCUCAUAUUGUAAGUAAUAAGAGUCUUUUUAAAACACCAGGGCUAGGAAAAUGCUGGCACCAUAACUACUAAAGCACACUGUCAAGGUUAUGGUGCAUCAAAUGUUCCUUUACAAUGUCAGCCUGUCUGGGAGGCCUAAGGGAUGUUCAUUGCAGACAUUCAGAUACUCCUUCCAAGUUGUGGUGGCUGUGUAGGGUAAGAGCUGGUGGCUGCCUGGCAAUUUUCUAAACUCUCUGCAUAGGUUUAAAUUGCUGGUGCACACUCCAUUGUAGUCAUGGGGUAACAUGAAGCCAUUUGCACCCCCAGGAGCACACUGACUGCCUGUAGGGCAGUAGAAGAGGAGGAAACAGGAAAUGCAAACCGUAUUGAAGCAACUCACAAGUACCAUGGCACACUUUUCAAUGUUAAAUUUCCACUCAAUCAAUGGCAAGUGGAAAUUUUGAGCCCUUUAAGUAGUAUGUGUUUUGUUUGUUAAUAUUAAAGUUAGGAUUAUCUUUUUACUAAAAGCUAGGAUAAUCUGCAAUUACCUGGCAGGUUAUAGUAGGACCCUGAAAAAUGUUGGUGCUUGACUGAAUUUAUUCCAGCUAUGGUACAGCAUCAUCCUGUUAUUAAUGACAGAAUGAGUCAAUGUUAGAGAUCAAAGAGGUGAAUCAAUACUAAUUGUUACAAAGUGAAAUAGCUGUUUAAGGAGGAUCCAAGUUCUCGGUUAACAAUAAACCAAAGUCAAAUUGGCACAAUCACAUUUCAGUUUUUAAUGUGAUGUACUUUCAAAAUAAGUGCAAAUACAUUUACUUUGAAGUAUCGCUCUUUACCCUUAUAAAAUAAUAUUUAUUAUACAUAAUACUGUGGACAAAUGCCAUGGAUGGUGACGUCUUCUGUGCAGUUAUUCCCGGUAAUGAAUUCCCAUCUUAAUGCAGUUCAGUAGCCCUAAUCUUGACAUUCAUGUCCCCAACUGCCUGAGAUUUGUUUGAGCUACACUCUUGAUUAACAGCUGCUGCCAGUUUAGUUUAUCAUUCUCCCUUGCUGAAUUAAUGGGAGCAGAUAUAAAACCUGCCGCAUGGGACUUUAACUCUUGUUAAUUUUGGGAAGCACUGAAACAUGUUUAGGACUGAGGGUUAAUACUAAUCCAAAGAAUAUCAUUUAUUUUAAAAGAUAAAUAACGGUGUCCUGUGUAUUGUGGGAAAAAUAAUGUAACUAAGGAGUUCUGGAGACGACAUAAAGGGUUCUGUCUGGAUGGAGUAAUCAUAGGCGAAAUGUCUGUUUCCAUGUAGUUUGCCCAUUAGAAUGUUGCACCACUUUUCAUAACUGGGCACUCUGAUACAUUUUUCCCUGUUGUAUUUGCCUAUUUGAGUCAGUGUUCCACUCAGGUGUUUAGCGCUAGCAUAGAGCUACAGGUGAGAAAAUCUGUCUGGGUUUUCUCUUUGUACUCAACAUACCUGCUGCUGAUUAUUAGAGGCAAACACUUGUUAAUUAUGUAACUUAUAUAAAAGGGAGACAGUUGCAAAAAGAGCAGAAUGGAAAGCUGACACCUUUGUAAGGCAACUGUGGUGUGUAUGUUUAUUUUGCUGGCAAUGAGAUUUCAGCCAAGCUUAAAAAUGUUUAGUAAAUACUCAAUAUAACAAUCCUGUUACUCUUCCAGAGGGAUAUUUACAUGGUUAUUCUCAUAAGUGAGAAUUGUUGGGAAUUCAAAGUGAAUUUCAAAUUUAAGGCCAAAAUGCAGAAAACUUAGUCACCUGUGCUUUAAAUUUGACCUUAAAGGGACACUGUAGGCACCCAGCCCACUUCAGCUCUUUGAAGUAGUCUGGGUGCUGUUCCUAUUGUACUUAGUGCUGCGAUGUAAAACACUGAAGUUCCAGAGAACUGCAAUGUUUACAUUGCAGCUCUAAGUCUGCCCUCUGUGGCUCUCAAACACCCAUGAGAAGGAUUCCAGAAUCCAAAUGGACUUUUGGUCCGUUAUUGGAUGCUGGAUGUUCUCACUGACCUCCAGUGCCAGACUUUACUCACUACAGGAUCCCUUUAAAUAUAUUUUAUGGAAAAAAAUGUUCUGACAAACUAAAGUGUCCAUAGGAAUUAUCCCAAUACCACAAAAAUUGGAGACAGAAAAAAAAAUAGACGAAACUGAAAAUAUUUUGUGUCUUAGACCCUUCCUUAGCAGUUAACUUCUUAAUUAAAUGAAAUGUGUGGUGGUUUUUAUUUAUUUUUUCUCUCUGUCCCCUCCUUGCCCCACUUUUUUAUUUUUGUUCAAUCUGGUCUUGUUUUAUGGAGGUGGGGGGAGGGGUGUAUUAUUUUUAUUUUUUUCCUUAAAUCUGAAGGAGAGUGUGCAUGACUGGGUAAAUGUUUGCUGUUUUGCAGAUUUAUUCACUAGAGUGAGAAUCCAAAGUGAGUUUAAAAUCUGCCUCCCCAAAAAUGGUUUAGUUGGAUUAAUUGCAGGUUUGAUUUAACUUUUACACCACUUGCUUUGCUAUGACUUAUUUUCAGUAAUGUGAAAUCCAUGCAUUUAUUUUAAACUUGUUCUUGUCUCUUUAGGUUGAUUAAACAGAAGUUCUGGAGAUUAAGGAUGUUCCUUGACGUAUGGAGUCUUUGAAAUGGUUGGCGCGGGGGUUUGUCCCCAGCAAGAGUCAGCUCGGAUUCUGUACCCAGCAAGUCUACCUCUUCUGCCUGAGUCCCGGUACAGACUUUUCAGGGGAAGUGAGCGCCAACUUGUGGAACGUUCCUUGGCUACACUUCAGACCAGUGGUUUUUACUGGGGACCCCUUCCCACGGCUGAAGCGCAUGCCAUGCUGGAGAGAGAGCCAACUGGCACCUUCCUAGUGCGGGACAGCUCCCAAGGGAGCCAUCUGUUUAGUGUUAGCAUUAAAAUGGAAUCUGGCCCUGUCAGUGUCAGAGUCUUGUUUUACAGAGGCUGCUUCUGGUUAAGGGAGAUUUUCUCAGACUGCCUUGUUGGACUUCUAGAACUGGCAGUGGAACAAAGCCACUGCAACCCUUUGCGCUGCCAAAAUGGCUCCUUUCUUGUGCUUUCACGGCCCCUGCGGAAGACCAGGACUCUGAGCUUACAGGAGCUCUGUCGCAGACGUAUUGUAAUCCAGUAUGGAAGAGAAGGUCUUGCUGGGCUCCCUCUUCAACCAGCCCUUCGGAGGUAUAUUGAAGAUUUCCCUUUUAAGAUUUAAUGUUUGUAGUCCGAGCAGAGAGAAUAUUUUGCCAAUUCAAGGUGAUGUGAGAUCAUGAUCUGACAUACAAGUGCCUUUAAAUUGUUAAUUCAGUGUUAUAUUUAAGCUAGAGUAAUGAAUAAUGUGUAUUAGUAUGCAUUCUGCAUUAAAUACUAAGCUACGACAUUAGUAGGCAAUAUUAACAUGGCAAGGGAAGGAUUAUUGUACACAAAGUGCCUAUAAAAAAUAAAAAAUAAAAAUUACAAAAAACUUCUUAAAG